GCGAGUGGCUCGCGCGCCGCGCGCCGAACCAGCCCGUAUGCGGUGACUCGCGCGGCGCUGGCGCCUCCUGUCUUGCCGGCGGGCCCGGGUUUCCCGCGGCGGGAUGUUCUCCCGAAGGAGCCACGGGGAUGUGAAGAAGUCCACGCAGAAGGUGCUGGACCCCAAGAAGGACGUGCUGACGCGCCUGAAGCACCUGCGGGCGCUGCUGGAUAAUGUGGAUGCAAGUGAUCUUAAGCAGUUUUUUGAGACCAACUAUUCUCAGAUAUAUUUUAUCUUCUAUGAAAAUUUUAUAACACUGGAAAAUAGUUUGAAAUUAAAAGGGAAUAAUAAAUCACAAAGAGAGGAACUGGACUCUAUCCUCUUUCUUUUUGAAAAAAUACUGCAAUUUCUACCUGAACGAAUUUUCUUUCGAUGGCAUUACCAGAGUAUAGGCUCAACUUUAAAGAAGCUUCUACACACUGGAAAUUCUAUUAAGAUAAGAUGUGAAGGAAUCAGGCUGUUUCUUCUGUGGCUUCAAGCACUUCAGACAAACUGUGCAGAAGAGCAGGUGCUAAUUUUUGCUUGCCUCGUGCCUGGUUUCCCAGCGAUCAUGUCAUCCCGAGGGCCCUGUACGCUGGAGACACUCCUCAAUCCUAGCCCUAGUGUAGUGGAUGCAAAGAUAUAUCCAGAAGAAAUCACUCCACUACUGCCAGCCAUAUCAGGGGAAAAGAUUGCUGAGGACCAAACAUGCUUUUUUCUUCAAAUACUGUUGAAGUAUAUGGUUAUUCAGGCUGCAAGCUUGGAGUGGAAGAAUAAGGAGAAUCAAGAUACUGGUUUUAAAUUUCUUUUUACUUUGUUUCGAAAGUAUUAUCUUCCUCAUUUAUUUCCAUCAUUUACUAAGUUAACAAACAUCUACAAACCCAUACUUGACAUCCCCCAUUUGAGACCAAAGCCAGUGUAUAUUACUACAACUCGAGACAGUGAAAACAUUUACAGUACAAAAAUUCCAUACAUGGCAGCUCGUGUUGUUUUUAUUAAAUGGAUUGUAACUUUCUUUUUGGAAAAAAAGUAUCUAACUACAACACAAAACACUAAAAAUGGAGUUGAUGUACAACCCAAAAUUAUACAGACUGUUGGUGGUGGUGUGGGUCAAGAGAGGGCGCCGGAGCUGGAUGGUGGCCGGCCUGCAGAGCAGGACAAAAACCAUUCCAACAGCAGCACCUUAUCCGACCGAAGACUCAGCAACUCCAGCCUUUGUAGCAUUGAGGAAGAGCACCGCACUGUGUAUGAAAUGGUACAGCGGAUUCUCUUGUCAACGCGAGGUUAUGUCAACUUUGUGAAUGAAGUCUUUCGCCAGGCAUUUUUGUUGCCUUCCUGUGACAUAGCUGUAACAAGGAAGGUAGUUCAAGUGUAUAGAAAGUGGAUCCUCCAGGACAAACCUGUGUUCAUGGAAGAACCAGAUAAAAAAGAAAUUGAACAAGAAGAUGCUGAAAAAUUAGGAUUUUCAGAAACUGACAACAAAGAGACUUCAUCUGAAAGUUCUCGUCAUAAGCGAUCUUCCAGUUGGGGACGAACAUACUCCUUCACGAGUGCAGUGAGCAGAGGAUGUGUGACAGAAGAGGAAAAUAAGAAUGUGAAAGCUGGAGCCCAGGCUAUGCUGCAGGUAUUUUUAACAAAUGCAGCAAACGUCUUUUUGCUGGAACCAUGUCCUGAAGUUCCCAUGCUUUUGAAAGAACAAGUCGAUGCUUGUAAAGCUGUUUUGAUUAUUUUUAGGCGCAUGAUAAUGGAGCUUACAAUGAAUAAAAAGACAUGGGAACAGAUGUUGCAAAUACUACUCAGGAUAACAGAAGCUGUCAUGCAGAAGCCAAAGGAUAAACAAAUAAAGGACUUGUUUGCUCAGAGCUUGGCAGGGUUACUGUUUAGGACACUUAUGGUGGCAUGGAUCCGAGCAAAUCUCUGUGUGUACAUUUCUCGAGAGCUCUGGGAUGACUUCCUUAGGGUGCUGUCCUCCCUCACGGAAUGGGAAGAACUCAUAAAUGAGUGGGCCAACAUCAUGGACUCCUUGACAGCAGUGCUUGCGAGAACUGUUUACGGAGUUGAGAUGACAAACCUACCUCUGGACAAAUUAAGUGAACAGAAGGAAAAGAAACAGCGAGGCAAAGGCUGUGUUCUGGAUUCUCAGAAAGGAACCACUGUGGGGAGGUCCUUUUCUCUCAGCUGGCGGAGCCACCCAGAUGUGACUGAGCCGAUGCGAUCUAGGAGUGCCACCACAUCUGGGGCACCAGGAGUUGAGAAAGCAAGAAAUAUCGUUCGCCAAAAAGCAACCGAAGUGGAAGAAUGUCAGCAGUCAGAAAAUGCACCUGCAGCUGAAUCUGGCUGCCUGGUGGUGGAGCAGCAGCACAUCACUCGGAGCAGCAGCACACCUGAUGUCACUGAGCCACUGCACUCAGAUUCUUCUCAGGGCCCAAAGGUAGAAAACUUACAGACUUUGAGUUCUUCAGAGUCCAGGCCUAUUCAAGAAAAUAAAGGACAUGCGAAGAAAGAACAUGAAGGAAUAACAAUCUUAGUUCGAAGAAGCAGCAGUCCUGCUGAAUUGGAUUUAAAAGAUGAUUUGCAGCAGACACAAGGAAAAUGUAGGGAAAGACAGAAGAGUGAAAGUAUCAGCAGUGAUACAGCUCUGGGCUAUAGCAAUGAGGCAGAGCUGUCCAUGAGCCCAUGGUCAACCUGUGAGGAAGACCCAGAACUGAACACUCCCACAGAUGUUGUGACUGACUCCGAUGCCCGCCAUUGGUUACAACUGAGUCCCACCGAUGCUUCCAACUUAACAGAUAGCAGUGAGUGCCUUGCAGAUGACUGUAGUAUAAUUGCUGGAGGGAACCUCACUGGUUGGCACCCUGACUCUGCUGCUGUGUUAUGGCGAAGAGUGUUGGGAAUCCUCGGGGAUGUGAAUAAUAUCCAGUCACCCAAGAUUCAUGCCAAAGUAUUUGGCUAUCUCUAUGAACUCUGGUACAAACUAGCAAAGAUACGGGAUAAUCUGGCAAUAAGCCUAGAUAACCAGUCCUCUCCCUCUCCACCGGUCCUGAUCCCACCACUCAGGAUGUUUGCAUCAUGGCUAUUUAAGGCAACAACGUUGCCAAAUGAAUAUAAGGAAGGCAAGCUACAAGCCUACAGACUGAUAUGUGCCAUGAUGACCAGACGCCAGGACGUUCUACCAAACUCGGACUUCCUGGUGCAUUUUUACCUUGUGAUGCACCUGGGAUUAACCAGCGAGGAUCAGGAUAUCUUAAACACCAUUAUAAGGCACUGUCCACCCCGCUUCUUCUCCUUGGGUUUGCCUGGCUUCUCAAUGCUGGUAGGGGACUUCAUCACAGCUGCUGCCAGGGUCCUCAGUACAGACACGCCAGCGACACCUCAUUCAGAAGCUCUCACCAUUCUCGGUUCUCUUGUCUGCUUUCCAAAUACCUACCGGGACAUCCCUUUACUACAGUCUGUGCCGGAAGUCAAGGAAGUUAUCAGAGGAACUGAAGAUGUCAAGCAUUACCUCAUAAAUAUUUUACUGAAGAAUGCCACAGAGGAACCAAAUGAAUGUGCAAGAUGCAUUGCCAUUUGCUCCCUCGGAGUCUGGAUAUGCGAAGAACUUGCACAGUGUACAAGCCAUCCUCAGCUGAAAGAGGCUAUCAACGUGAUAGGUGUCACUUUGAAGUUUUCUAACAAAAUCGUGGCUCAGGUGGCCUGUGAUGUUCUUCAGUUGCUGGUUUCCUACUGGGAAAAGCUUCUGAUGUUUGAAACCUCUCUGCCUCGGAAAAUUGCUGAAAUCCUUGUGGCCACGAUUGCUUUUCUUUUACCAAGUGCAGAGUACUCCUCAGUGGAAACAGAUAAGAAGUUUAUUGUGUCCUUGCUACUCUGCCUUUUGGAUUGGUGCAUGGCAUUGCCAGUGAACACCCUUCUCCACCCAGUGUCCACGGUGGCCCUGGAGGAGCAGCAUGCAUCCAGAGCUCCUUUGCUGGAUUAUAUCUAUAGGGUUCUGCACUGCUGUGUUUGUGGCUCAAGCACAUACACCCAACAGAGUCACUAUACACUGACCCUAGCCGACCUGUCAUCCCCAGAUUAUGACCCCUUCCUACCACUGGCGAAUGUGAAGAAUUCAGAACCAGUCCAAUAUCAUGCAUCAGCAGACUUGGGCAACCUGCUCACAGUUGAAGAAGAGCGGAAGAGGAGGAGCUUGGAGCUGAUCCCUCUGACCGCCCGCAUGGUGAUGGCCCACCUGGUGAAUCACCUGGGCCACUUCCCGCUGCGUGGGGGCCCCGCCGUGCUGCACAGCCUAGUCAGCGAGAACCACGACAACGUGCACACGGAGGCUCCUGAGCUGUCCUCCGAGGUGUUCCGGAGCCCAAACCUACAGCUCUUUGUGCUCAACGACAGCACCCUCAUCUCCUACCUUCAGACACCCUCAGAAGGGCCUGCGGGGGGCUCCCCAGGGGGCACCCUGUCGGACGUCCGAGUAAUUGUGCGGGAUAUCUCAGGGAAGUACUCUUGGGAUGGGAGGGUUUUGUAUGGACCUUUGGAGGGCUGCUUAGCACCCAGCAGCACAAAUCCAGCAUUUCUGAUUUCAGGCUGGCAACCUCAAGCUUUGGGAGCUCAGAAAGAUUUUUCUCAAACUGAGGAGGGAGAUGAUGUCCUUGACAAAUUACUUGAAAACAUUGGCCACACGAGUCCGGAAUGCCUUUUACCAUCACAGUUAAAUCUAAAUGAGCCCUCCCCACCCCCUCGGGGAAUGAACCGUGACCAGGAGAAGGAAAUCAUCGAGGUCAUUUUGCGCCAGAAGGCCCAAGAAGAUGACUAUAUCCAGAGGUGUAACUCUGACUUGGCCAUGAAAGUCUCCAGCCAGGAGCAGCCCUCCCCAGUGGAGCCACCAGGACCCUUUUAUUUCUGCAGGUUGUUGCUUGAUGACUUGGGGAUGAAUUCUUGGGACAGAAGAAAGAAUUUCCAUCUUUUGAAGAAAAAUUCAAAACUAUUGAGAGAGCUAAAAAAUCUGGACUCACGUCAGUGCCGUGAAACACACAAAAUUGCAGUGUUUUACAUUGCUGAAGGUCAAGAAGACAAGUGUUCAAUCCUUUCCAAUGAAAGAGGAAGCCAAGCAUAUGAAGACUUUGUUGCCGGACUUGGAUGGGAGGUGGAUCUCUCAACCCACUGCGGGUUCAUGGGUGGACUUCAGCGCAACGGCAGCACAGGGCAGACUGCCCCUUACUAUGCUACCUCGACUGUGGAAGUGAUUUUCCAUGUUUCAACUCGGAUGCCAUCAGACUCAGAUGAUUCACUCACCAAAAAGCUCCGUCACUUGGGGAACGACGAGGUCCACAUCGUCUGGUCUGAACACUCCAGGGAUUACCGCAGGGGCAUUAUCCCGACCGCCUUUGGAGACGUUUCAAUCAUUAUUUACCCAGUGAAGAAUCACAUGUUCUUUAUCGCAAUCACAAAGAAACCUGAGGUUCCGUUUUUUGGGCCUCUGUUUGACGGAGCCAUAGUGAGUGGGAAGCUCCUGCCAAGCCUUAUAUGUGCCACAUGCAUCAAUGCCAGCAGGGCCGUGAAGUGCCUCAUCCCACUCUACCAGAGCUUCUAUGAAGAGCGGGCUCUGUACCUCGAAGCAAUAAUUCAGAACCACCGAGAAAUCAUGACGUUUGAGGAUUUCGCCGCCCAAGUCUUUUCUCCCUCGCCCAGCCCCUCCCUCAGCGGAAUGGAUUAAAAUAUGAAAAGUCCUCAUUGCAAUGUUGGAGCAAGGGCCUUGGCUGCCAGCCUGAGUGGCUACCUCACAGCGCCUCUUGGAAGGAGGAGAUGAAUGAGACUCCCCUCUGUUCCCACCCUCAACCCCCAAACACAGAGAUUCCGGGAACAUCCCUGCUCUGCUAGUGCCCUCAACAUAGCUUCCUGCUAAACGGAUUUCUGAAGUUAAAGGUGAACUCCACCAGAAUGUCUUGGAUUGGACUUUCUCUCCAGGCCAUGUCAUCUGACCCUAGAAUCUCACACAACUUGGGCUUCCAAAGAGGAAGAGGGGAAAGUCACCAACAACCAGUGACAAACCCCCUCUCAUGGGUGUUGAUGUGGCUGCUCCAGGCAGGGAUGGCAGAAGAAGAUUGUGGGCUUUUGGGAGGGGAUGGAGGGCAGCUGGUUUCUGUACCCCGCGUUGUUUAUAAACCUAAGCAAGAUUCACAGAAGAACCGACAAAAACAGUUGUUAAACUGAGGAAUUUUCUCUGCAUUGAUUUCUUUAGUUCUUAUGUUAGGAUUUAUGGUUUACUCAAAAAUUUCAUCAUCAUGGAAAUUGGCUUUCCCUAGAGUUGUUUGCCCAGGAGAAGUUUUAUCUGAGUUGCUGAGUGUUUUCCACCUGGUGCCUGAUGCCCACUAACUGGGGAGAGGUUUUCCUGGCCAUCCUGGAAGCCCUAGAUGCCCCUGGAAACAGGGUCCUAUCCCCGUGAAAGUCAGGAAGCUUCCAGGGCCCAGCUCAGCAGAGCGCCACGUCAACACGGGAGGUGCACACCAGCACAGGCCCUAGGCUGGGUCAGGCACCCCCGUGGUGUCCAUCUGCCUCCAGAACCUUCUCCCUGCUCAGGGAGGGCCACGGCACAAAUGGGGGCUUUCUAAUUAUUUGGCUCCAAAGAAGAUAUGUUGAGCCUGUUUAAAAAAAAAAAAAAAAAGAUAUGAAAAGCCCUACCUUCCAUCUGUGCUUGCCCAGCAUCCUUGCUGUGGGUCUGAGGGUGUCAGCAACAGAAAAAUCAUUUAGGAAGACCUGUUUGGCCCUCUGUGUCUCACCUCAGCCUGCAGCCUGUCUCUGGAGUAAGCCCGUGUUUCAGAGAAUGGGGCAACCGCUAAGGACCCCAGAAACAUCAGUCCAUGCAAGGGUGCUUGCCCUCUACUGUCUGCCUCUCUGCUCUGUGCCCACUUGUGUGUUACCCCCAGGGGCUUUGGUCACCUCUGGUGAGUCUCCUGAGCCCCCUCAGCACAUCAGAGUGGCUGUUUUCACUGACCAGCCAGUUCUUUCCAUCAUCCAUUGGGUUGGUUUGGCUGGUACCUAACCCUUGCAGGAGAAAUGAACAGAUCGAAGAAGGAGCCAGGCCUGCUUCUGGAAACAAGUGAAGAAGGACUGAGAAAUUCCUAUUGCAAGGAUACACCUAAGUUAGAAUUUGUUUCUCAGCUUUAUAGAGGACUGCAGGUAGGGCCAGAGGCCCAGGCUCACAGGCAGAGCAGCUUGGGAGCCACCCAAACCUCAGAGAAACAGAAGUAAGCCUCAGUCGCUUUGGGCUGUUCUGUAAAGGGGCCCAGUUGGUUUGCUCACUGGGGGCUUAAUGGCACUAAUGGGUGACUGAAAGUCACAGCAUGUUCUAUUGUGUCAGCAAAUGCUGCAAUUCUCAUCUUCCCCACCCCUGCCCCACCUGCCCAUCCCCACCUUUUUAAUAAUUUGGACUUUCUGGUCAGCACGGUUUGCCUCCUAUCACUCAUACUCCAGGCUGGUGUUCAGCUGCUUCACGGCAUAUUUACAAAGUGCCCAGACCUCAUUCCUGCGGGGAGGGCAUCACAGGUGCCUGGGCCCCAGAGUCCCAGGUAGGCUCUGCCAGAAAAUAGCUUCAGAACAUUUCAUUUCCAGGCUCUAGAAAUCCCUGAUGCAGAAUUCUUGGAUUUAGAUGAAGUGUCAAGACUUGGAAGUUGUACUGAACUCCCCUGGACUUAAUUGUUGUGCUCCAGGAUUCCAUUUUAUCUCCCAGACCCAGUCAUUCUAACCUGCAAGUGGGAAGUUCAGUUGUAGACAGCAAAUAUCUAGACCCUCCUGUAACCCUAUGGAUUUUAACAUCUCUAGGACCCCAGACUCCAGCCAGUGGUUUGGGUGCUGAGCUGCUUCAAGUCCACUGUCAGCAGUAGCAUUGGUUUGGAAUAGGGGAGCAGGGAAUCUAGCAACCAGGUUUGCUUACAAUCACAUGGACCUGAGUCGUUCUUGUUAUUUGGGGUGGAAAAUUGAAAUGAUCAAGUUCUUUUUUUUUCCACUUAGAAAAGCAAAUAUUGUGCUUUUGCAAUAAAUGCCUUUCCAGCAAAAUUAUGGAGGGUCACUUAUCCAGUGGGGACCCACCUGAGUCACAGUGCUGACUUGUCAUAUUAGUAGGUCAGCCAUCUGGACUCGAAAGUGGCCCUGAUCAGCCCCCAAAAUGGGUAGGACUUGCCAGCUCCCGGGCAGGGCCAGGCCAGCAUCCCCACUUCUCUACACACCCAUUUCCAUCCAAAGCAAAGUUGAUGUUCCAUAAUGUCACUGAGAAGGUUUUUGUACUUUUAAAAAAACAAAAUGAUGACUUUUUUAAAAUAGUAGAAUCUGAAGUAGACAGUAGUGAGGAAAUUUAGCUUGGAUCAGUGACUGUCACAGUGUCUUCAAGCGGUCAAGGCUGCAGCCACUAAGAGCCACAGGGAGGAAGGAGAUUUAAGCCUUGCCUUCACAAGAGGGGCUGACCAAACCCUCAUCCUUACAAACAAGAGACCAUGCAGAUCCACAGACUGUGCAAAUCACGUCUUCCUGACCUUCCUCCGGUGUGGCCACCUGCACUUCGCUUCCUGUUGUGUUUGUAUCAUCUGGAGGCUUAAGGGAUCCUUUAAAACUUCCUGUGACGUCUUAUAUGUAACCGUGUCAUGACUAUAUCUACUGAGGGGAAAUGUCCACACACAGAGGGAAGUGCAACAUGAAACAACCACUGUUCUAGCUGCACUCCGUAUCUGUGUAUGACAUGCACAGUAAGUGAAUGUUUUCUUAUGGCUUCAGGUCUACAACAUUUAGUACAUGUAAAUAAGGAAAAAGAAUUGAUACCUAUGGUAUAUUAAGUUAUAGUAUGUCAUUUAUUUUUUUUUUUUGCUCUUAUUUAAUUUGCCUAAUGCCCCACAUCUGGGUUUAGGCCUCGGUGGGGUAAACCCCUCCAUACAACCUACUUCUGCAGGUGUGUGUGCCACAUCCAGAAAAGCACACAGCUACACUGCUGACUGCCGCUCGACUCUCCAGUUUACCCUCUUUUUCUCUUUCAUUCUGAUUUACUGUGAUGACUUAAUAAAGUAGAAACACAGCA